CCCUACAUCCCAAAGUUUAAAUUUGAUUGUGACCCAGGCUUGGAGACUCCCUUCUCUUUACCCUAUGCUGAGCUCUGCCGUGGAGUUUAUCUUCACACUUCAGCCUUGUGAGGAGAGCCAAUAAACGGAAGGCAGAGCUGUUCAAUCUGUUUCCUCAGUGUAGCGUUCGCUCUCAGCACAGGAAGCCCAGUGCGGUGAAGAGGCAGGAGGAGGAACUUCUCCUGAGCUAAUCAGUCAGGAGCACCCAGAGUCUGGGCAGAGCAGUGGGGAGGUGGACGAGGGAACGGCGUCGCUGCCCGGGUAGGACAGGCUGCACAGAGGGAAGCUCCUGGGAUCGCAGCUAGGCUCCUACAGGAUGGACGGCGUGAAAGAGCUGCAUCAGCCCUGAAAAGCAAGAGCUGCCAUGCAUUUGGUUGGGAAGUGGCGUUGUGCCUUCCUGCUGCUCACCAUCGUCGUGUCCAUGGUGAUGCUGGGUUCCCAGGCAGGUAAUACUACUGAACCCAAGACUCAGCCCAAAGAAGAAAACAAUUCAGAUCCCCAGGAGAAGUGCAAGGCCUGCAGGACACAAAGUAUUGCUAACGAAAACAUCAGCGGGUCUGCCGGUAGCAGGGUUCUGCUGCCCUGUGCUAGCCCUUCAUGGGACAGUCUGGUAGCAGUAACUUGGAACAUACAACCAUGGAGUGGAGCUCACUGCAGCCUGGCCUACAGGAACGACACACACAUGGUGACCAGAACAAACUGCAGUGAGAGACUGGACUGGAAGUCUGAACCAGAGCAGAAUUUUACUCUUCAGUUUCCAUCAGUACAACUCACUGACGAGGGCUUUUACAUCUGUGAAAUUGUAACCAGUGAUGGGAACUUCCACCAAUGCUACUGUCUGACUGUGUUAGUCCCUCCCAAGGUCACCAUGAAUUGUAACGCAAGUGGCAAUGUGGUGUGCAAGGCAGCUGCAGGAAAGCCAGCUGCACAAAUCUCGUGGGUCCCAGAAGUCUGUGACAGCGCUACAGAUGAAUCUCACCCCAAUGGGACAGUGACUGUUCUCAGCACAUGCAUUGCUAACACCACUGCAGACAGUCAAGUAACCUGCUUUGUCUCUCAUCCAACGGGAAGCCAGAACCAGUCCAUAGGCUGCCCCUCAGGUAACAAAAAAGGUAAUGAAUGGGUUAUCUGCGUUGCCACCCUUGCUGGUCUCAUGGUCGGCAUCCUAUUUCUUUUGGCUUUCACUUACUGCUAUAAGCUGUAUCAUGGCAGGAUUUGUCAGAAAACCAAAACUCCUGAAACUGUUCCCACAGAAAAUGUUCAGGACAAUCAUGAACUGGAGCUGGAGCCCUAUACCAUAUUUGUGCAGAAGGAAAAUGUGAUCUAUAACUCUGUGUCUGACCUAACAAUGAGAGAUAACGUACCUGUGGGUCUCUGAACAGCAACAUGACAGUCCUGCUGAGACUGACUUGGUCCCUCUGUGGGAAAGUGAGAGAGAAAACCCCUUCAGGUGGCUGGUGAUGGAGAGCCUCCUCUCAAAGGAUUCUUCACAGGAUGCUGGCAAGCAGGGUUUUCCAUCACUGCUAGAUACCUUCAGACAUGUUUUACUUGCUGAUCUAUCCUUCUAAUCUCCUCUCUCCUAUCCUGUCCCCAUGUUGGGAAGGGAGAAGGACUGAGGGACCUACUUCCAUGAUUUUCAUUAUGAGAGUAUUGCUGACGUGGCUAUCCUCACCUCAGGAAUCCCAAGCCUGGCAGUCACUCUUCAGCAUUAGUUCUGUAGACUUGACACUAUACUGCGUAUAUUUGGGAGCAGGGAGGAGGGGUGAGUGAGCUAGAAUGAAACACUCAUUGUCAACAAGACCACCGUAUUCCCAACUUACCAACAUAAAGACUGUAUUAGUGCUGGUCAUCACAGUAGAGAGGUCAGUAGAAUAGCUCUGCAUCUAGGUGGUCCUGAGAAGCAGCAAUGAUCAAUGGAGAAGAUCCAUGGGUAAGAGUAGUCCCUGAUAAGCAAAAUAACUUCUCAGGUCCCCUAUGCUAUAUUUCCACAAUUUUUUUUCUAGUCUGCACUUACAAAUUAUUUUCAUGGGUUUUAUCACAAUUCUGUGGAGAUGGACCCUAGCUUCCCCUUCCUCCUGGGUGCAUGAGCAUUAACAAGCUGCAAUACAACCAUGUUGGCCCCACCCCACAAAUCUCUAACAGUGUCAAAA